AAAAUCAUAUAGGAGUAGAAGUGCGGUGGUGUCGGAGUAAAAGGAGCCCCCCCCCCCACACACACACAUGCACACAGCCACACACAAAGACCUUUUGCCCCCACCCCAGGCAAUUUCUCAAAGCUACAAAACUCAUUCUAGAGAGGAGAAGUUGCAUCACUUGUUAUCUUUGCUGGCAAAAUUCUCAGAGAGAAUGAUGACAUGGAAAAGCUACUCUAUUUCUUAAAGACGUUUCUCUGCAUCCCUGGAAAUGACUGCAAAACUAUUUUCUAGCAGAGAGGGAUUUUAAAAUGAUCAUCCGCAAGUGCUGCCAGAACAGAUCGAUUCCGGGUGCGGCGUUCAAUUCCAGCACCACGGAAUACGACCACUCUUCCCCAGACUUCACCAGGACUGGACAUACAGUGGUAGCUGUGUUUCUAGGCCUGAUUUUUAUAUUGGGUUUUAUAAAUAAUUUGAUGGUUUUACUCAUGUUUUUAAAAUUUAAGGCGAUCAGAACCCCAAUUAAUUUAAUCCUACUGAAUAUCAGUGUGAGUGACUUUCUAGUUUGCGUUUUCGGCACCCCUUUCAGUUUUGCAGCCAGUAUAGAAGGACGGUGGCUGAUCGGUUACUACGGAUGCAAAUGGUAUGGUUUUGCUAAUUCUCUGUUUGGCAUUGCAUCAUUGAUUUCUCUUUCUGUACUGUCGUAUGAGAGAUAUGUCACAGUGAUUAAUUCUACUAAAGUGGAUUUAUCCAACUACAGAAAGGCUUGGCUAUGCAUAGGAGGAACAUGGUUCUAUUCUUUGCUCUGGACAAUACCACCACUUUUUGGUUGGAGCAACUAUGGCCCAGAAGGUCCAGGAACAACUUGCUCAGUUGAGUGGACAGCAAAGUCUGCAAGCAGUAUUUCUUAUAUUGUAUGUCUAUUUAUUUUCUGCCUCAUACUGCCUCUUUUAUUAAUGGUUUACUGCUAUGGAAGUAUAGUGAAAGCCAUCAUGGGGCAGGUUGCCAAGAUGAAUCAGACGAUGGCUCAAAAGAGAGAACACCGCAUCCUUAUAAUGGUCAUCUGCAUGGUCACCUGUUACUUGUUGUGCUGGAUGCCUUAUGGGAUAGUAGCACUCAUUGCAACAUUUGGAAGCCGUGGAUUAAUCUCACCAACAGUCAGCAUUAUACCCUCUAUUCUGGCAAAAAGCAGCACUGUUGUGAAUCCUGUUAUCUAUGUACUUCUAAACAAACAGUUUUAUAGGUGUUUUUUUGCCCUGUUGAAGUGUGGAACCUUGUCGCAGACCACAGAUACAAACAAUUACAAACUUAGCACCAACUUUCUGCCAAGUCGAAUGCAUUGCAGUCCUCUGACUGGAACUGUUUCCCGAAGAUCAGAAAGGUUCACUGAAAACAACUUGAAAAGUUUAUCAGAUAAGCACAUUUGUAAGCUAACUAUUGUAGUCUCUUACCAAGAAUAACAUUUUCUGCUUUUUCUUGACUUUGUUUAUACUGUGACUGUCAACAUCAGUGUUACCAAUCAAUAAUGACACAUGCAUUCAUCACAUAUUGUAUACAUUUUUAAUAAAUAUAUUGUCUGUUUCAGUUAUAAAGUUAAAAUGUCUAUUGAUUACAGUAGCCUCAGAGAUCAGUAGGUUUUCUAUAUAUGUAUAUAUAAGCUGUUAACAUUAUGUAAGUGUCAGCCAUUUGUAGCAUUUUAAAAGUGAGUCUAUAUUUCAGUGUUUAGAAACAAUUUUCCAAAGAAAGCAUAUGAAGCAUUGAACAUUCCCCUCAAAUCGGUAAAGCAUCUGUAGAUUGUAAACAUUUUAUAUGUUAAUAUUAGUUUUUAAAUUUUAUUUACAUAUUACUGUUGUCUAAUACUUUAUAUUUUGUGAUCAAUAAAAAAGAUGUUACAAAAAAGAAAUAAAUUGUCCAU